ACGCCGCUGCCUUUUCCCCCCCAACCCCCCGCUACGAGGGCGGCUCGGGGAAGAUGGCGAGGGCUGCGGAGCGGGGGCUGCGGCUCCUGGUGCUGCUGCUGGGACUCGGAGCGGGGCUGCCCGCCGCCGCUCGCCCGCCAGCCUCCUUCCCCGGCGACGUGAACGGGCACAGCCUCCACCCGCCCUACUUCAACCUGGCCGAAGGCACCCGCAUCUCCGCCUCCGCCACCUGCGGCGAGGAAGCGGCGGGGACGGCCGGCAGCCGCCGUGCCGUGGAGGAUCUGUACUGCAAGCUGGUGGGGGGGCCGCUGGCGGGGGGGGACCCCAACCAGACCAUCCAGGGCCAGUACUGUGACAUCUGCUCCUCAGCAAACAGCAACAAAGCACAUCCCAUAACUAACGCCAUCGAUGGGACGGAGCGCUGGUGGCAGAGUCCCCCACUCUCCCGUGGGCUGGAGUUCAACCAGGUCAACGUCACUCUGGACCUUGGACAGCUCUUCCACGUGGCAUACGUCCUGAUCAAAUUUGCAAAUUCCCCUCGUCCUGAUCUCUGGGUGCUGGAACGAUCUACUGACUUUGGCCUCACCUAUGAGCCCUGGCAGUACUUUGCCUCUUCAAAGAGGGACUGCAUUGAAAAGUUUGGACUGCAGACCGUGGAUCGCAUCACCAAGGAUGACCAUGCUAUCUGCACUACAGAGUACUCCCGAAUUGUGCCCUUAGAAAAUGGGGAGAUUGUUGUCUCUCUGGUAAAUGGGCGCCCAGGAGCCAUGAACUUCUCCUACUCUCCUCUCCUACGGAAUUUCACCAAGGCCACCAACAUCAGACUGCGCUUCCUGCAGACAAACACUCUGCUUGGGCACCUGAUGGGCAAAGCUUUGAGGGACCCUACAGUGACCAGGAGGUAUUACUACAGCAUCAAAGAUAUCAGCAUUGGAGGGCGCUGUGUCUGCCACGGCCAUGCAGAUGUCUGUGAUGCUAAAGACCCCAGUGACCCUUACAGGCUGCAGUGUGACUGCCAGCACAACACCUGUGGCGGGUCCUGUGACCGCUGCUGCCCUGGCUUCAACCAGUUCCCGUGGAAACCUGCCACUGCCGACAGUGCCAACGAAUGCCAGCCUUGCAAUUGCAAUGGCCAUGCCUACGACUGCUACUACGACCCAGAAGUGGAUCGUCACAAAGCCAGCAAAAGUCGCGAGGACAAGUAUGAAGGAGGAGGUGUUUGCAUUGACUGUCAGCAUCACACCACUGGCGUUAACUGUGAGAGAUGCAUCCCAGGAUACUACCGCUCCCCUGACCACCCGAUCGACUCUCCAUACAUUUGCUAUCGCUGCAACUGCAAAUCUGACUUCACUGAUGGCACUUGUGAGGACCUCACUGGCCGCUGUUACUGCAAACCCAACUACACUGGGGAGCACUGCGAUGCCUGCGCUGAGGGGUACCUGGACUUCCCCCACUGCUACCCUGUUCCAGCCUUUGCUUAUAACGAUACUGGAGAACAAGUGCUCCCUGCAGGACAGAUAAUAAACUGUGACUGCUAUGCUGGUGGGACAGAAGGCAAUGCGUGCCGCAAGGACCCUCGGGUGGGGAUGUGUGUGUGCAAACCCAACUUCCAGGGGACACACUGUGACCAGUGCACUCCAGGCCACUAUGGACCCCUCUGCCAGCCCUGCCAGUGCUCUGGCCCGGGUCAGUACGAUGGCACCUGUGACAGUGAGACAGGACAGUGCCUGUGUCGAACAGGAUUUGAAGGUCACUCGUGUGAUCAGUGCGCCCCUGGCUACUUCAACUACCCCCUGUGCCAGCUGUGUGGCUGCAGUGCUGUUGGGACGCUGCCGGGAGGCUGCGACUCCUCCGGGAGAUGUUUCUGCAAGGCUGAGUUCACAGGGCCACGGUGUGAGCAAUGCAGCUCUGGGCACCACUCCUACCCCCACUGCUAUGCUUGCUCCUGUGAUUCCCGGGGUGCUGUGGACAACAACUGCAGCCCAGCUGGCCAAUGUCGAUGCCAUGUGAAUUUUGCAGGGCACACCUGCAACCAGUGUGCCCUGGGCUUCUACGGGUACCCCAGCUGCACACCAUGCCAGUGCUCCAGGGAGGGCUCUCUGCACAGCACGUGUGACCAGGAGACGGGGCAGUGCAGCUGCCGGCCCAAAGUGACGGGGCUGCGCUGUGACAGCUGCGUGCCGGGCGCCUAUGGAUUUCCACAGUGUGAAGUGGGCUCCUGUAACCCAGCUGGGUUAGUGACUGCAGAUCCCUCGCUGGCCCCAGGCUCCUGUGCAUGUCGGGCAUAUGUUGAAGGCCCAGCUUGUGACAGAUGCAAGCCCUUGUACUGGAACCUGACUCCAGAUAACCCUUAUGGCUGCACGAGCUGCAAGUGUGAGACCAAGGGCACCAUCAGUGGAAUUGCGGAGUGUCAGCAGGGCAAUGGGCAGUGUUUCUGCAAACCGAACACGUGUGGCCAGUUCUGCUCAACGUGCAAAGAUGGCUUCUUCAGUAUGGAGAACGCAAAUUACUUUGGCUGCCAAGGCUGCCGCUGCGACGUCGGUGGGUCGCUGGGGCCAUCCUGCGAGGAGCGGAGCGGAGCCUGCCGCUGCCGGCACAACACGCGUGGGCCCACCUGCACUCAACCUGUGCGGGAUCAUUAUUUCCCUGACCUUCACCACCUGAAAUUUGAGCUGGAGGAAGGGACCACGCCAGACGGCCGGGCUGUGCGCUUCGGCUACAACCCGCUGGAGUUUGAGGGCUUCAGUUGGCGCGGAUAUGCACAGAUGUCCUCCAUCCAGCCCAAGGUAGUGGUGACUCUCAAUGUGACCUCCCCCGACCUCUUCCGCCUCGUCUUCCGCUACGUCAGCCGGGGGUCCGCCAGUGUUGAAGGGAGGGUCUCGGUCGUUGAGGAAGGAAAGUUUAAUAUUUGUGGCAACUGUACAGAGCAGAGCAAGCAGAUUGUCUUUGCUCCCAGCACGGAGCCAGCCUUUGUCACUGUCCCCCAGAACAGCUUUGGGGAGCCCUUCGUACUCAACCCCAACACCUGGUCUCUGAUUGUCGAAGCAGAGGGUGUGCUGCUGGACUAUCUGGUCUUGCUACCCAGCUCAUACUAUGAAGCUCCAAUACUGCAGCUAAAGGUCACGGAUCCGUGUACAUACCAGCCAGCCCCGGAACAAGCCACCCAGAAUUGCCUCUUGUAUAAGUACCUGUCUCUGGAUGGCUUCCCUGCUGUGGCAGGGGUGGAUGCGGUGUGCAGGCUGGACAACAGGUUACCCAGAGGCUGUCCCAUGGAGCAGCUCACUCCUUCCCAUCCCUGGAUGGCAAUGUGCAGUGGCAAUGAUGUGGAAGUCCAGCUGUCACUGCCUGUUGCCCAACCUGGAAAAUACGUGUUGGUGGUGGAGUAUGCCAACCCCAAUGCUUUGCAUCCGGUGGGUGUUGCCAUCAGCUCACCGCACUUAGCCAUGCAGCAGGGCACGUUCACCUUCUACCCGUGUGUCUACAGUUUCCUUUGUCGAGGGGUUGCUGUGGAUUCCCAGAGCAGAUUGGCAACUUUUGAACUUACUUCAGAGGCCACGAUUCGGUUCAUCGCUGACCUGGCUGACUUCUUCCUGCACAAAGUGCACCUUGUUCCUGCUGAGCAGUUCACCAUGGAGUUCGUCGAGCCGAAGGUGCAUUGCAUCAGUGUCCAUGGCAUGUUCUCAUCCAAUAGCAGCUCCUGCAUUCCCUCAAGAUUCCUCAAGCUUUCCCAGUCAGUUGUUUUGGAGGGGGCCCAGGCUCUGCCUCUUGCCCCUGAUGUCCCCCUGGCUCAAGCUGUCCUUGUGGCUCCAGCUGGAGUCCCACUGGAGCCUGCACCUCGGCCUCCCACAGCAAUGGACUCCACCACAGAGCUCAUCCUCUUGCAGCCACCACAGGCUGCUGUUGUGUUUAACAGCCGGAUUCAGAACUUGGGGCGCUACGCUUUUGUUCUGCACUACUACCAACCCAACCAUCCCACCUUUCCUGUGGAAGUGUUGAUCAACGGUGGGCGAAUCUGGCAAGGUCAGACCAAUGCUACUUUCUGCCCACAUGGCUAUGGGUGCCGGAGCCUGGUAGUUGCUGAGGACCAGAUUGUCCUGGAUGUUACUGACAAUGACCUGAUGGUGGUUGUUCGAGUGCCAGAAGGCAAACAGCUGUGGCUGGAUUACAUCCUCGUGGUGCCAGAGGACAGCUACAGCUCUCAGUACCUGCAGGAGGAACCCCUGGACAAGUCCUAUGACUUCAUCAGCAGCUGUGGCUUUAACAGCUUCUACAUCAAUCCCAGCACGUCGUCGAGGUUUUGCCGUGACUCUGCCAUCUCGCUGUCCCUAUUCUACAACAACGGGGCACAGCCCUGCCAGUGCCACGAGGCGGGGGCGCGGGGCAGCCAGUGCGAGCCCUUUGGUGGGCAGUGUCCCUGCAAGUCCAAUGUCAUCGGGCGGGAGUGCUCCCGCUGCGCCACCGGCUACUGGGGCUUCCCCAACUGCAGGCCCUGUGACUGUGGGACACGUCUCUGCGAUGAGGUGACGGGGCAGUGCAUCUGCCCUCCUCACACCCUGAAGCCAGAAUGUGUUGUCUGUGAGCCCCAGACCUUUGGUUGCCAUCCCCUCGUCGGCUGUGAGGACUGCAAUUGCUCUCAGCCUGGAGUGCAGGAGCUGACAGAGCUUGGCUGCGAUGUGGACAGCGGGCAGUGCAAGUGCAAGCCCAAUAUAAUUGGGCGACGGUGUGACCUCUGUGCCCCUGGCUACUACCACUACCCCAGCUGUCGGCGGUGUGACUGCCAUCCUGAUGGCACUGAAGCAAGCGUGUGCGACCCGGUGACAGGGCAGUGUCACUGCAAGGAAAAUGUGGAAGGCCCGAGGUGUGACCAGUGCCGCCUGGGGACGUUUUCUUUGGAUGCCAGCAACCCCAAGGGGUGCACCAAGUGUUUCUGCUUUGGUGCCACCAAUCGCUGCCGCAGUGCUGUGAAGUACCGAGCUGAGUUCAUCGACAUGAAUGGCUGGCUCUUGAUGAGCAGUGAUCGCCAGGAGGUGCCAACAGCCCUGAGCCUGCGGGAGCAGCUCCUCCGUGCUGAUCUCAGGAACCUCCUGGAUGCCUAUCAGGAGCUCUACUGGGUUGCACCCAGCUCCUACCUUGGGGACCGGGUUUCCUCCUAUGGUGGCCACCUGCGCUACGAGCUUCACUCUGACCCACGGAGGGGUGAUGUCUUCAUUCCCAUGGAGUCCCGUCCAGAUGUGAUCCUGAAGGGAAAUCAGAUGAGCAUCAUGUUUCUGGAAGGCUCCUACCCUUCCCCGGGGGAGGUACAUGAAGGCCGGCUGCAGUUGGUGGAGAGUAACUUCAGGCACACGGAGACACACAACCCUGUAUCGAGAGAGGAGCUCAUGAUGGUGCUGGCAAACCUGGAGCAGCUGCAGAUCCGGGCACUCUUCUCCCAGCUCUCCUCCUCUGUGUCCCUGCGUCGUGUGGUCCUGGAGAUUGCAACGGAUGCAGCUACGGGUGUCCCUGCCAGCAACGUGGAGUUGUGCCUUUGCCCAGCUAACUACCUGGGUGACUCCUGUCAGGAAUGCGCUCCAGGUUACUACAGGGACACCAAGGGGUUAUUUUUGGGGAAAUGCAUCCCAUGUCAUUGCAAUGGCCACUCAGACCAGUGCCUGCCAGGAUCUGGGAUAUGCCUUAACUGCCAGCACAACACAGAGGGAGAUCACUGUGAGCAGUGCAAGGAUGGCUAUGUGGGCAGCCACAAUGCUGACGGGAGCCUGCAGUGUGUCGGAUGUCCGUGUCCUCUUUCCGUUGCCUCCAACAAUUUUGCCAUUGGUUGUGUGCACAAGGGCUCCAGCACACAGUGCCUCUGCAAGCCUGGCUACGCUGGACCCAACUGCGAGCGGUGUGCCCCAGGAUACUACGGCAAUCCCCUGGUGAUUGGCAGCUCAUGCCAGCCCUGCGACUGCAGCGGGAACACGGAUCCCAACAUGCUGUUCAGCAGCUGUGACUCCCUAACAGGCACCUGCACGGGUUGCAUGCAUCACACAGCCGGUGCGCGGUGCGAGGUCUGUGCCCCUGGCUUCUAUGGGGAUGCAGUGGCAGCCAAGAACUGCACACAGUGCAACUGUUCACCCUGUGGGACUGAUUCAUGCCAUCCACAAACUGGGCAGUGCUUCUGCAAGGCUGGAGUGACGGGGCAGCACUGCGACCACUGCGAGGAGGGGUACUACGGCUUCGAGGGAUGCUCUGGCUGCCGGAGGUGUGACUGUGAUGUUGGUGCCAUGGGGAGCAGCUGCCAAGCACAGACAGGCCAAUGCCACUGCCUGCCCGGCGUCAGCGGAUUGCACUGCCAGCAGUGUGCUCCGGGCUACUGGGGCUUCAGUGAGAGGGGCUGCAGAAAGUGUGAGUGCAGAGGGGGCUCUUGUGACCCACGCACUGGGGAGUGCACCUGCUCCAACGGGCUGACAGGGAAGCAAUGCGACGUCUGCAUGCACAACUAUGAGAUCCCUGUGGCAAACGGCCCAGACAGCAUGAGGUGUGAAGUGUGUGACAGCUGCGUCCUGCUCCUGCUGGAGGAUCUGCAGAGCAUUGAGAUGUCCUUCCCCUCCAUCCGGAGCCAGCUGGUCAACCUCAGCGCCAGCUCCAUCGCCUGGGCUCGCCUCCAUAGUCUCAACAGCACUAUGGCAACUGUUGCUAACCAACUGCGUGAGUACCACAGAGCCAUGAACAAGGUCAGGCAAAGGGCUGAUGAGCUGGAGGAUGAGAACACGGACCUCACGCAGGAUUUGAAUGCGCUGCAGCACAGGAUUAUGAUGACUCACAGAAAAGCAAGCCAUUUAGAGCAGCAUACAAGGGAGACUUACCAGAGAGGAGAGCAACUUCUGCUAAUUAUUCAGAGUAUUCAGAAAAGCACUGGAGACCUGGUGCGGCAGAUGGCCACGUUUGGGGCAGCAAAUGCCAGCACCACCUCCACCGAGGAGUUUCGGCAGAAGAUGGCAGAGGUGGAGAGGAUGCUGAGGGAGAUGAAGGAGCGGAGCCUGGGUGGCCAGGAGGAGUUGGCGAGGCGUGAGCACAAAGAAGCUCAAAAGUUGUUGCACCAGGUGAAGAGCGAGCUUCAUGCCCACUGGGAGUCCAACCAGGCACUGAUGAACAGCAUCCAGGACUGGCUGGCACAGCACAGCUCCCAGCUGAUGGAUCUCCGUGAUGCCCUCAAUGAGGCUGUCAACAAAACCAGGCAGACAGAAGACUUGAACAGUUUGAACCGCAACAACCUGGAGGAGAGUCAGCAAAAGAGCCGUGAACUCCAAAAGCAGUAUGGGCUGGUGCAAGAGACCCUGAGGAUGGCUGAGAAUGCCCUGGCCAAGGUCUCCAACUUCCUACAGAAGAUGGAGAGUGCAAAGGAGGCAUAUGAGAAGCUGGCAGCCCUUCUGGAUGGGGCAAAGCUGCCUCUGACAGAACGAGUGAAGAAGUUCUCUCCAGCCAGCAGUAAAAUCCCCAUUGUAGAGCAGGCUGAGGAGCACGCCCGGCUCCUGGAUGAGCUGGCAAGGAACUUGUCCAGCAUUAUCCAGGGCACAAACCAAGAUGGCUUUAUCCAGAGGGCGAUCGAUGCCUCCAACGUCUACGCCAGCAUCAUUGAAGCAGUGGGAAAAGCCGAGCGAGCUGCCCAUGAUGCCGACGAGGCUGCUGGCGAGGCUUUGAUGAAUGUCAUGUCAGAAAAUCUUGGGGCCAUCUCUAAAGAGCUGAAGAGGAACAGCAGCAACCUUGAGGAGGGUGUGAGGAGAGAGCAGACAAAACUCAAUGGGGCUGUUAAGGGCACUCUGCAGGCAGCAAAGGAGAAGCUGGCUGACCUCCGCAGGAAGAAGGAGCAGCUCUUGAGCCAGCUGCAGUCUGUGCAGGAUACGCUGGGCAGGGACCAAGAGGACACUAAGGAGACAAUUCAGAAUGCCAAAGCAGCUGCCAUAGAGGCCAACGAGACAGCUGCGAGAGUGGAAGAUACCCUGAGCACCAUGAAGAAGAAUCUGGAUGAGUGGAAAGACAAGUAUGGAGGCCUUCGAAAUGAAGACUUGAACCAGGCAGUCCAAGAUGCCAGGAAAUCUGUGUCCAGCCUGGAAAGCACCAUCCCGCUGCUGCUGGGGAAGCUGAGCAGCCUGGAGAACAGGAGGAAUAAGAAUGCCACUGUGUCAGAGAACAUUGUGCGCAUCCGGCAGCUCAUCACGCAGGCGAGGAAUGCUGCCAGCAAGGUGAAAGUCCCCAUGAAGUUCAAUGGCAGCUCAGGAGUGCAGGUCCGGAUGCCGAGCAACCUGCAGGAUUUGGCAGCCUACACAUCCCUCAAAUUCUACAUCCAAAACCCUGAGCCCAGGAGCCAGCAGGAUGGGGCAGAGGAGGGGCGGUUCAUUCUGUACCUGGGCAGCCGUGAGGCCACUGGAGACUACAUGGGUAUUGUACUGAAGGACCGCAAAGUGCAGUGGGUGUACAAACUGGGCAACGAGGAGCCAGCUUCCCUGACCAUCGAUGAGGAGAUUGGAGAGCAGUUUGCUGCCAUCAACAUCAAUAGGAUCCUGCAGUACGGGCAGAUGUCAGUGAUAGUGGAAAGGCAGACGGUGCAUGAGACCAAAGGAGACAGCGUGGCCAAGGGGGAGCAGGGGCUGCUCAACCUCGACCCACACAACGUGGUCUUCUACGUGGGCGGCUACCCACCCAGCUUCAUGCCCCCUCCCACUCUGCGUUAUCCCAACUACCGCGGAUGCCUGGAGCUGGACACGCUGAAUGAGGAGGUGGUGAGUCUGUACAACUUCCAGCACACCUUCCAGUUGGAUACCACUGCUGAGAAGCCCUGUGCAAGGUCUAAGUCCACAGGAGAUCCCUGGCUGACCGACGGCUCCUACUUUGAUGGUACUGGUUAUGCGGAGAUCAAGUUUGAGAGUCAGUUUGGCACAACCAAGCGCUUUGAGCAAGAGAUCCGGAUUGUCUCUUACAAUGGCAUCCUCUUCUUCCUGGAGAAUCAGGGACAGUUCCUGUGCCUGGCCAUCCGGGAUGGGAAGCUGGUGCUUUACUAUGACUUCAACACGGGCCUGGAGAUGGCAAAGCCCAGCAGCAACUCCUCCUCCAUCAGCAGCGCCACGAACAAAGCGAUCCAGAUCUUCCUCCUCAAAAUGAAUAACAAGAAGCGCAUCCUGGUGCGUCUGGAGCGCCUCACCAUCUUCAUGGUGGAGCAGGAGAACUCCUUGGAGAAUGCUGUCUCCUACUACCUGGGCGGUGUGCCUCCAGCAGUGCUGCCCCCCAGCCUGAAGGCACUCUUCCCCACGGGUGGGCCCAUUCGGGGCUGCAUGAAGGGCUUGAAGGCUCUCGGCAAAUAUGUUGACCUGAAGCGCAUGAACACUGUUGGUGUGAGCUACGGAUGUACCUCAGACCUUCUGGUGGCUCGCUCCAUCAGUGUCCAUGGCUAUGGUUACCUGACCCUGGCCCUGAAGGAUGUGCCUGCGCUGCAGGACUUCUACAGUGGCUUCAGCUUCCAGACGAGCCAACGUGAGGGGCUGCUGUACUACCACAGUACACAGGAGGGGACGUGCCAGGUGUCCCUACAGAGGGGCCAGCUGGCCUUGAACCUGCUGGAAACCAAAGUCACCACUGAAAAUACCUAUGCAGAUGACAGGACCCACUACGUGGCCUUCUACAGUGAUGCCCAGGGGGUGCGGCUGUAUGUGGACGAUGAGCUGCAGGACACUGCAGCUGGGGCCGGGGCCAGGGCCAGUUGGAGGCAACGGAGGCAGCAGGAUGACCGGGCACUCUUCCAGCUUGGAGGCUCACCAGAGCCCGGUGCCCUCAGCAACCUCACUGGCUGCAUCGGGAACGUCUUCGUCAAGCGGAGGUCAGAGCCACAGAUGGUGGUGGACCUGCAGCAGAAUGUGGAGAGCAUCAAUGUCACCAUGAGCUGUCCUUGGGGCGAGCGGCCGCAGCAACUCAGAGUUGCUCUGAAGAAGGACAGGAGGAAACCCAAGGUGUCCAGCAGGCCCAGCUCCAAGGACCGCCGCCACGACCAGACUGGGCUCUGCCGGCCGCAGCCCCGCACAGCCAAGGACACCUUCCGCUUUGGGGGAUCCCCGAGCAGCCGCUGGGAGUUCGAGGAGAUCCCAGCCUCCUUCAGCCAGAGGUUCCAUUUCUCCCUGGAGGUGAGGCUGAACUCUUCUAACGGGCUGCUCUUCUACGUGGCGGGGAAGCGAAGCACCUUCAUGGCUCUCUUUGUCUCCAACGGGCGCUUCAUCUUCCUGGUGGCCAUCGGUGGGCGGCGGCUGCGAGUUCGCAGCAAAGAAAAGUACCGUGACCAGCGGUGGCACACGGUCUUCUUCAGCAGAGACCAGAGCCGAGUCCAGCUGGUCAUCGAUGGGCUGCGAGCCCAGAGUGCUACAGUGGCCACCACAGAGCUCUUUGUAGCCCGGACCCCCUUGUACAUUGGGGGUGUCCCAGAUGGAAGAGCCAAGGCUCACAUGAUGGGCACAUCGGUCUCCAGCUUUGACGGCUGCCUGAGGAACCCACAGCUGGAUGGGAAGCCCCUUGCUACCCCCUCACACACCUUUGGGGUGACACCGUGUUAUGAGGGUGCUCUGGAGCAUGGGAUUUUCUUCGCUGCAGACGGCGGGUCCGUCACCCUAGCUGAUACACUGGCGACUGAGCAGGACUUGGAGGUGACACUGGACGUCCGUCCCCACAGUGCCUCUGGGCUCAUCUUCCACAUCGGGACAAGGAGAAGCCCCCAUCUCGUGCUGUACAUGGAGGAGACAAAGGUCACCAUGAGAGCCAACACCGGGGCUGAUGAGUUCUCCACAUCGGUGACGUGUCCAUCUCUCUGUGACGGGCAGUGGCACUCCAUCACAGCUAUCAAAAGGAAAAACAUAAUCCAGGUUGAAGUGGACACAGAAAGAAACUAUGCAGUGGGACCCAGCCUGCCUCCUGCACCCAGUGCAAAGGCAAUGUUCUACCUAGGAGGGCUGCCAGAAGCAGACGAGGCCAGUACAGUGUCAGCACUAUCUCCCCUCCCUCAUUAUGUGGGCUGCAUAAGGAAUCUGCUGGUUAACCAGAGCUAUGUGAACCUGCUGCAAACAAGGACUGUCAGGGGCUCUGUUGGCCUGCAGGGUUGUCCCGUGCUGUGAGUGCACCUCGGUGUACAGCCUGACACCAGGAAACUGCACUGCUCCCUGGAUCCCAGCCAUCAGCUGCGAGCUGUGGUCAGCCAGGCCAUCUCCAGUGCCUGCAGCACGAGUCUGUGGCACAUGGCUGGGGCCAACAUCAGGGAGGGGCCACAAAUCCACGGGGAAGGAGAGCAGGGGAGGAAGGUGGGGAGAAGGGAGCACUUCAGGGGCAUCUUAUCACAAAUAUAACCAAAAAGUUGGAGGAGGCUGUGGAAACAGGUCUGCCUCCUUCCCCAGUGGUCAAGCAUCUGCAGCGGGCCUCAUGCUGGCACACAGCUUGUAGUAUGGGCUGGAGCACACAGCAGCUGUGCCUCACAUCCCAAAUCCUGUUCCCUUUACCCCACGCUUACAAUGCAUUACAAUGCACGUAGGUUUAGUUCACUGAACACUUCAGGCUGUUAAUGACAGUCGCAGACUGCCUUCUGCUAAAGGCUUUAUAAUGCAGUUAGGACAAACUGGAUUAGUUCCAUCACUUUUGGGUUUUUAUAUGCAAGGAUGCAUUUAACCCUUCCCCCUAAGGUCGGUCUCUGUUCACCUGCUGCUGCUGUGCAAGUACAGAGCUGUGCAAGGGGGGCCUUGGACAAAAUUCUGCUUGCAGAAUUAGCAUCUGCCAAUCAGAUUAAUUUAUAAGAAGCUGAUAAUUAAAAAGGAAUCAAGAACGCUGGAAGCACUGCUGAGGGAAAGCAGAAGGUCAUCGCAAUGCCACUCUGCACUCCGUAGUUGCAUUCAGCAUAGAUAGAUACACUGAUACAAGUCCUGCUGUACGAAGCAAGAAACUGUUGCUUGAAAGGGAAGAAAUAAAGGUUACCUCUGGCCAGAUUUGCAGUCACUGCAGUCACCUGCCCUGCCCCCAGCUGCCUUCUGCCUGGCCCAGCUCACCCCUGCUGACAGUGCAGCCUUCACUUGAAAGACAAAAAACCCAACACAUUCUGCUCCCAAAACACCUAGCUCACUUGUGCACUUACACAUCAUAUAUAUAUUUGUGUGUAUAUAUAUCCAGCCACGUGGGGACAAAAUCUUGCUUCCGAAAUGGACUUAUAACUUAUAUAUUGUUUUUUAUGAGGGGUAAAUAUUGUAAAGUGGGUUUUUAACAUGUCCAUCUUCAGUGUAAUUAUGACCUGUUUUUAAGUUGUAGUAUUAAAGAUGGUCUUUGUAAAUCACUGGUACAUACUUUGGAGUCAAAUA